GUUCCCGUAGACGCUCCUCGUCUUAUUCCUCAACCUCGUCUACUUCAGCUUCCACCACUGCACCUAGAUCUCCCCAACCACUUAACGCUCUCCCAAUCCUAGCCGCCUUAAUAACAAACAUACCUACCAAACUGUGCAACCUUCCCUUAUGUUCCUUAACCUAACUGUCUUUAAAGACAACAAAGCUGUCGUUACCUCCAGAGAUCCCGACCUAAUUAAAAAGUUGAAACCCUUAAGAUCCACUAUAUCCGAAAAGAUAGAAAUCCAACUGAGAGAUAACAAAUCCAAAAAACCUCUACUUCCGACACCUAACAGACCUUCUCCCUUUAAACCUACCUUCUCCUGCGUAGCUCGCUCAGUAGAUAUGAACAUCUCGCCAACAGACAUCCUCACCGCUCUCCGUGACCAGAACAUUGAAGCCAAAAAUGCCUGGCGCAUUAAGUCCAGGCAAACGGGACAGGACACCUUCCCGUUCCGGAUCAUCUCGAACUGUCCUAAGUCCAUCGACAGAUUACUCUCUAACGGCUUCAAAAUGUUCUCCAAGAAUUAUCGGUGCGAACCUUCCCAAUCCCCUGGCCCUCAGCCGCUUCAGUGUGGCAAAUGUUUCGCAUUCGGCCACAAUACUUCUUCUUGUCACCAGAAACCGCUCUGCUACCGCUGCGGUCUAAAGCACGAUCCUUCCACGUGCACGUCCUCACCUUCCUGUACCAACUGCAAAGGCAAGCACCUUGCCUUUGACAGCAAAUGUCCCAAAAGACCAGACCCGAAAACCCUCACUCCCUCUAAGACUGCACCUGUAAAGUGCGUCGAUCCUCCCGCCGAAGAGUUAUCGGACAAGAACGAUGACUCUUCUCCCGAACUAUCUUCCACUCCAGAAUCUGAGCGCUUCACAAGAAUCGAAGACGUGAUUCGAUUCACCUACCUCUGCAUGUCUUCCCUUCACCCCAAUUCCAGACUAGUCGAAGACGUAGUAGCCCGACACGCCGCUCAAUUCUUCAGGCGAAAAGUGUCGUACGUCAUGCGCGGCAGUCAUGUCCAUAUAUCCAUCACACACCUGCAGACACCUAAAACAUACUCUCACUCAUAA